CGAUCAAAACAAACGAUCUCACAUUUUAAUUUUCAAAUUUAAAUCACAUAAUUUGAAUUUGGGAUAUCGAAAGAUAAUUUCUAGAGAGAUAAUUUUAUAUUUGUUGUUUUCUGUAGAUAAAAAUGCGUUUGCGAUGUUAACAUUAAAAUAUUAUUACGUCAUACACAAUUACGACAAGGUUAAAUGGAAUUAAAUCAUUUUUGAUGUUGUAGUAGCACAGUGGACUUCAUGCAGGGCGGAUGUACGAGAUCAAAUACGUAAAAAAUGUUUUGGUUACUGAUCGGUUUGUUAUUGGCACUAUUUUGUUGGUUUAAUUAUAAGAAAUUAAAUUAUUGGGCUAGCAAAGGCGUUAAUCAGAAAAGAGUGUACUUGUUAUAUGAGAUAUAUAAAGUACUAUGUAUGAGAAAACCAUUUGCAGAAAUAGUAAAAGACAGCUACAAUGACUUUCCAAACUCAAGAUACAACGGUGGUUUUCAAUUCUAUAGGCCUGUGCUCGUUUUGAGAGAUUCCGAGUUGAUAAAACAGAUAACAGUGAAAGAUUUCGAAUAUUUUACGGAUCACAUGAACUUUAUUCCGGAAGGCACUGAGCCCUUAUGGACAAGUAAUUUAUUUGCUUUGAAAGGUGAUAAAUGGCGAGAUAUGAGGGCUACACUUAGUCCUGCAUUUACUGGUAGUAAAAUGCGAGCGAUGUUCGCAUUAAUGUCAGAAUGUGCUCAAGAAGUAUCAAAAUACUUUGAGAAUCAUCCAGAAGAAAAGAAAUCCAUUGAAUUGAAGGAUUUCUUCACAAGAUACACUAACGACAUAAUAGCAACUUGCGCUUUCGGCGUACAAUGCAAUUCAAUUAAACAAAGAAAAAAUGAAUUUUACAUAAUGGGAAAAAUGGCUACAGAUUUCACGGGUUUUUGGAAGAAUUUCAAAGUGAUAUUAUAUGUAAUGAUGCCUAAAUUAUGCAAAGUAAUUGGAAUUACGUUCUUUGACAAUAAAGUGUCGAUGUUCUUCCGUCGUAUCAUUAAAGAUACAAUAAAAAUGCGAGAGAAAAAUGAUAUUACACGACCGGACAUGAUACAUUUGUUGAUGGAAGCUAGGAAAGGUCGUUUGAAUUACGAGGAAACUUCAGCAGCACAAGAGGCAGGUUUUGCUACAGUUAAAGAAUCGGAAAUUGGAAAGACGGUAAAGAAAGUAAAAGAUGCAAUCACAGAUGACGAUAUAACGGCCCAAGCGCUAAUUUUCUUUUUUGCUGGAUUUGAUACUGUUGCCACAUUUAUGGUACUCAUGGCUUACGAAUUGGCUGUUAAUCCAGAUAUUCAAGAAAGACUACAAAAUGAAAUAGACGCUGUUCUCGAGGAGAACGACGGAAAGAUAACUUAUGAAUCCAUCAACAAAAUGAAAUAUUUGGAUAUGGUUACUUCUGAAACUUUGAGGAAAUGGCCUGUAGCUAUAGGUAUGGAUCGAGUCUGCGUAAAGACGUACACCAUACCAGCAGUUUUACCAGACGAAGUUCCAGUAACAAUACAAGUUGGAGACGUUAUUUCAGUGCCUGUUUAUGGAAUACACAUGGAUCCCAAAUAUUACCCAAAUCCUGUAAAGUUCGAUCCCGAACGAUUCAACGAUGAAAACAAAGUUAAUAUUAAAUCUCAGAUGUAUAUGCCGUUUGGUUCAGGACCAAGGAACUGCAUUGGUUCAAGAUUUGCUCUGUUAGAAGCAAAAGUCGUUUUUGUUUCUCUGCUUUCAAAAUUCAAUAUUGUUCCAACUGAGAAAUCGGAGAUACCUUUAAAAUUAUCCAAUGCAGGCUUCAGUUUUAAUUCUAAAAAGGGUUUUUGGUUUGCCUUAAAACAAAGAGAUUGAAUCAUAAGCACUACACAUUAUUUUACUACUAAUAGUAUAAGAAAAGAGGUUUUAUUAUACAUUCAU